AUCACAGAGGAGCGCAGGUUAACUCCCUUUGACACCCUCCUUCCAUUUUAGCCGCAUUAAAAAAAAAAAAAACUCGAACACCACACCACGCUCCACCUCCCAACCAAAAUCCAAUCACACACAACACUUCCAACUUUCUGUCUCUAGAAAUCUCCAAAACCCUCGGGCUAGGGUUUCAAUCACAUUCCAUCUCUUUCUCUCUGGAUCCAGAACCUAUGGCGGAGGAACCAGCAUCACCGUCGCUAUCAUCGGCGCCGCCGCUAGGAUCAUCGGUGAUACCGAUAGUGAACAAGUUACAAGAUAUAUUUGCUCAGUUAGGUAGUCAAUCGACGAUUGAGUUACCGCAAGUGGCAGUUGUAGGCAGUCAAAGCAGUGGUAAAUCGAGUGUUCUAGAAUCACUUGUUGGGAGAGAUUUCUUGCCACGUGGAAACGAUAUUUGCACUCGGCGACCGCUGGUUUUGCAGUUAUUGCAGACUAAAAGGAAAGGUGACGGUAGUGGUGAAGAUGAGUGGGGAGAGUUUCUGCAUUUGCCUGGGAAACGGUUUUAUGAUUUUUCCGAGAUCCGGAGCGAAAUUCAGGCUGAGACUGCUAAGGAAGCAGGAGGCAACAAAGGUGUUUCUGACAAGCAAAUUCGUUUGAAGAUUUUUUCACCAAAUGUUCUUGAUAUUACACUUGUUGAUCUACCUGGUAUAACAAAGGUUCCUGUGGGUGAUCAACCCUCUGAUAUUGAAGCACGAAUUAGAACUAUGAUCAUGUCAUAUAUUAAAAAACCAAGCUGUCUGAUUCUAGCUGUUACAGCAGCAAAUUCAGAUUUAGCAAACUCAGAUGCUCUUCAGAUUGCAGGAAAUGCAGAUCCUGAUGGUUAUAGAACCAUUGGAAUAAUCACAAAGUUGGACAUUAUGGACAGAGGCACUGAUGCUCGGAAUCUUUUGCUUGGAAAAGUGAUUCCCCUUAGACUUGGUUAUGUUGGUGUUGUGAAUCGUAGUCAAGAGGAUAUCAUACUCAAUCGGAGCAUCAAGGAUGCACUUGCUGCGGAGGAGAAGUUCUUCCGUAGUCGGCCAGUAUAUAGUGGUCUGGCUGAUCGCUGUGGCGUUCCUCAGUUGGCGAAGAAGCUGAAUCAGAUUCUAGUGCAGCAUAUAAAAUCAAUACUUCCAGGGCUGAAAUCACGCAUAAGUUCUGCUUUGGUUUCUGUAGCAAAAGAACAUGCAAGCUAUGGAGAAAUUACGGAAUCAAAGGCUGGACAAGGAACUCUUAUUCUGAACAUUCUUUCAAAAUAUUCUGAAGCAUUUUCUUCAAUGAUAGAGGGCAGAAAUGAAGAAAUGUCAACAUCUGAGCUUGCUGGAGGAGCACGAAUUCACUAUAUUUUUCAAUCAAUCUUUGUGAAGAGUUUAGAGGAGGUCGAUCCUUGUGAGGACUUGACUGAUGGUGACAUUCAAACUAUCAUUCAGAAUGCCACCGGUCCUAGAACUCCACUGUUUGUACCAGAGGUGCCAUUUGAAGUUCUAAUCAGGAAGCAAAUAGCUCGUUUAUUAGAUCCAAGCCUUCAGUGUGCCAGGUUUAUAUACAACGAAUUAAUAAAGAUUAGCCAUCACUGUCUAGUGAAUGAACUUCAGCGGUUUCCUGUUCUAAGAAAGCGCAUGGAUGAAGUUAUUGGAAACUUUUUGCGAGAUGGUCUUGAACCAUCAGAGACAAUGAUUGGACAUAUUAUUGAAAUGGAGAUGGACUACAUAAAUACUUCCCACCCAAAUUUUAUCGGUGGGAGUAAGGCUGUGGAUAUUGCGCAGCAGCAGAUCAAGUCGUCAAGGGGUUCUAUUGCUAUGCCUAGGCAAAAGGAUGGCAUAGAGCCUGAAAAGGCACCUGCUUCUGAAAGGAGCAUGAAGACUCGUGGUAUUCUGGCCAGACAAGUAAAUGGGAUCAUGCCGGAUCAGGGAGUACAUCCAGUGGCAGAAGUUGAAAAGGUCCCACCUGCAGGCAAUACAAAUGUUUCAAGUUGGGGCAUCUCAUCAAUUUUUGGUGGAGGUGAUCAUUCUCGAAUGUAUGCUAAAGAAAAUUCAACAAGCAAGUCAUACAAUGAACCUGCUCAGAGCAUAGAACCCUUGGAACAAAGCUUGUCUCUGAUUCAUUUAAGAGAGCCCCCAACUGUCUUGAGGCCUUCAGAAAACCAUUCUGAGCAUGAGUCUAUAGAAAUUGUAGUCACAAAAUUGCUGUUGAGAUCAUACUACGACAUCGUUCGGAAAAAUAUUGAGGACUCCAUACCAAAAGCAAUUAUGCACUUUCUGGUAAACCAUACAAAGCGUGAACUGCACAAUGUCUUCAUUAGAAAACUUUACAGGGAGAAUCUGUUUGAGGAGAUGUUGCAGGAACCUGAUGAGAUAGCAAUGAAGAGAAAGCAGACACGAGAACAACUUAGAGUUCUUCAACAGGCAUUUAGGACAUUGGAUGAAUUGCCUUUGGAAGCUGAAACUGUUGAAAGAGGAUACAGUUUGAGUUCUGAUUCCACAGGAUUGCCAAAGAUCCAUGGACUGCCAACAUCAACUAUGUAUAGCAGUGGUUCCAGUGAUUCCUACACAGCUUCUCCUAAGAACCCGAAGUCCCGGAAGUCAUCCCACUUGGGGGAGCUACAGCCACAUCUAUAUGCUGAUUCUAAUGGAAGUGGACAUGCUUACAUGCCAGGUCUCUACCCAACAGUAGACUUUUAAGCCAUUUGAUCGAGCAUAGUCAAUUCCUAAAAGUGGCCAGGCAUAUUAUAUUUCUUCGAAUUUCUAAGUCACCUUACGCAUGCAACUUCCAGAUUAUUGGAAUCCCAACUUUCAAAGAUGGCUUAGAAAGACAUAAGCAAACCGGAAGUUGUGUUGCUCCCCUCCAUAUCUCUGUUUCUCUGAUGUAGUAUAGGGUUAUAAUUGCAUUUUUUUACGAGGCUCCAUGAAGAAUAACUGGGGGGUUGCUUAAUAUAUUUUUUUUGACCUAUGUGCUAUUAUGAAAAUUGCCGUUCAAUUUCCAGUCAGGAUUGCUGGUCCGGAUCAUUUUGAUCAAAUAAAACUUUGAAGGAGCACUGAGAGUGUCCUGUGGUGCUUGCUAGUCGUCAGCAUUAUUGAGCUUCCAAACACCUGUAAUGUAGGUUCGCAUUUCUUUGAUUUUCCAGGUGUUGAGUGUCUUUAUACAGAGUAUGGUAUCCAUGUAUGUGCUGGGAUUUGCCAUGAUAGAGUGGAAUUUUCUAGGGAUUUGAUGUUGAUAGCUGCUUCCUUGUUGCCAUUUUCCUCGGGUUUUUUUAACAGAUUUGGAAAGAUAACUGUGUUAAUAGUGAAAUGUUUUGAAUUUGCAACA